AUGUUUUUUACCCUUUUAAAUCAGUUGGUUUCUUCAUUAUUUGAAUUAUCUAAGGCGGCUAACCAAACUGCCUCUUCCAUUGUAGAUUUUUAUAAUAAUAUAGGAGAAGAUGAAGAAGAAAAGAUAGAGGCAUUCACAACGUUAACAGAAUCCUUACAAACUUUAACUUCUGCCACUAAUCAAUUCCACAGCAUCUCUAGCGAUUUACUUAAUCCAGUAGAUGAUGAAAAGGAAAUCAUCGCUCCUUCUAAGACACCUUUGAAGAGAAAGGUUGAACGUGAUCCAAAUGCUCCAAAGAAGCCAUUGACUGUUUUCUUUGCUUAUUCUGCUUACGUUCGUCAAGAACUUCGUGAUGCUAGACAAAAAGCUGGUCUUCCUCCAUUAUCUUCUACAGAAAUUACUCAAGAAAUUUCCAAGAAAUGGAAAGAAUUAAGUGAUAAUGAAAAGGAAAAAUGGAAGCAAGCUUACAAUGUUGAAUUAACGCAUUAUCAAAAGGCUAAACAAGACUAUCUAGAGGCUAAGAAGAAUGGUACAUUUACCGCUUCAGAAGGUCCGGUCCAUGCUCCAGUUGGUAUUCCAUUCAAUCUUCUUCAAAAUGAAGAUCGUUAUGAUAGUGACAAGAGACCUCGUGAAGAAGACGUUUCAAUGUCUUCUGAAAAGAAAAAGAAAAAGAAGAAGAAGGAUAAGAAGAAGGACAAAUCUUCCAGUAACGUGUGA